UCUUGAAAUAUUUAAUUUACUGCCCUUGUGCGGUGCUUUUUCUUCAAAAUUAGCCCAAUUGAUGAAACAGUUCAACUGUCAUUUAUCUUACUACGUUUCAUCUUUUGUGACUGCACUUGAUGGUAAAGUAAAUCUCAACUCGACGCGGACUUUUUUUGCCUUCCGCAUUCUGAAGCCUCUGCCUGAAAAGUAGGUCAGGCGACCCAGUGUGUUGCGAGAUCUAAAGUCGACUUGGUGAGAAGGGAAUUUGCGAGGUAUUUAUUGACUUUGGAUCAAAGUUUUGUUUGUAAAGUUGGAUAUCUUUCAGGAAAUGUUCAUAUAAUUCGCACGAUCUACUUUUAAAGGUAAAGUUAAAGGUUUCAUUUAAGUCACCAGGUUUGAAAGAUGGAGAUAAAGGUUUUUUGGUUUUUAUGCAUUGCUUCGUAUCUGGUGUGCUUAUUCUGCAUUGGAUCUGCAGCUAAUGACUCCUGCACAAGCAAAAGUGGAGGAUCAUGCAGUGAUUGUGUGAACAAUUUUGAUUGCUAUUACUGUCAAGCAACAAAGUACUGUGGCAAAAGACCAGUGAUAAAACCUGAUUCUUCUGAAUGCUCAGGGGACUGGUAUUCUUACAAACAGUGUACAGUUUCUGGUAAUUUGCUGCUUAUCAUUGUGCCAUGUGUUCUUGGGGCAUUGCUAAUCAUCUUUCUCUUGGUAUGCUACUGUUGCUGCUGCCGUAAAUGCUCGAGAAGAAGAGCUGCAAAAAGAUUUGCAAAAGAAGACGAAAGGAUGUCUCGUGAAAAGGAAGAAAGAGAAAUGAAACAUGCUGAAAGGAGUGCAGAGAGAAGGCAAAAACACGAUGAAAUAAGAAAAAAAUAUGGGCUUUUCAAGGAUGGCGAGGAUAAAGAUGGUGGAAAGUAUCAACGCUUUGAUGUUGCUUAAACUAGCACAUUGCUGUUUUCUCUUAUAGAUUGCACUGCUUGUGAUAUAAGUAUUUAGAAAUUUGUAGCUGGUAUGGAAAGGCAUAUGAGUUCCUGUGUUUGUUGGACUUUUGUACAUCCUACGCGUAAUACAUAUGUUAUCACUAUCAUUUCAAAUUGGGACAUUUUCCAACGGUUAUAAAACGUUUGAAAUAGGUUUAUUAUAACAGAACAUUUAUCUGAAAUCAGCUAUUAAAUGUUGAAACAAUUUGAUUCAAUAUUUCUCAGACCUGCUCUGUUUUUCUUCCCCAGCUGAUAAGUGUGUGUCGGAAAGGCUUUUUGGAACUCCUUCUGAUUAGCAAAUAGUAAACUUUUUUAGCUGCAAGUAGCCUGUUGUAUAUUAAGGGUUUGGAAUUGUUCAUUAAAAGCUGCCUGAGAAGAAAAGUAUCCAAACUUGUUAGACUUGUUGAUUGCAAUUAGCAGAUGUAAACAAGUAGCAUUGGAAUGACGAUCAGGGGAUUUCUUAUCGCUUGUUCUCAUCGCAAAGAAACUGAAACAGCCUAGGAGAGAGCUAUUUUUUUAAAAAAAAAUAAUUCCCAGAUGAUAGGCACAAGUCAUAAAAUCAUUUACGAUAUUCAUUCAAAGGCAUUUUUUGAUGUUAUUGAGACUUUUAUUCAAUCCCUUUAGCCGAAUGCACAAGAAUGGGCUAACGCCUGCUUUAAUUACAUCACAAUGGCUGCAUGUGUGCUGAAGUAUAAGAUAAAAAUGCCAGAUUUGUUUGUAGGUUAUCUGUCUUACGUUAAUAUAUCUGAUUUCUUAUUAGGCUUUGCAGUUUAUGUCACCAUUGUAAUCUCACGUAGUGUCGGUUUCCUAAUAGCUGACAGUAACAUUAACUUGUAGAAAUCUUUGCAUGUCUUUUCAUUUUAAUUGACUGUAUUAAUGCAACUGUUAAUCAUUCUUGCAAGGAGAUAAUUUUAAUUUGACCUGUGUUUACCAUAAUUGUAUGAUAAUUUAUAUACUGUUUAUAUUGAGUUGUUUGAUAAUGUUCGAUUAAUUUGUGCAUCGCAUGCGAGCAUAAUUAUUACGUAUGUUAGCUUCA